UAUCAGAUGAAUUUGUGAGGAUGUCAGUGAAUCAAAGAUUAGAAUGGCAUGUUUCAUCUCAAACUCUGUUAUGUUCCCGCAGGGUUGCAGGAGAAGCCCUUACAACUUAUUUGGUUGGAACAUAGGCAAGAACAGAAAUGCUGAUCUUAAGCCACAGCCCAAGUACCAUGACACUGAUCUUCCUUUCUCUCCUUCUCUGGUUGAUAGAACAUUCUUAAGAGGUAGGGAACUAAAAUGUUGCUACAAGGCUACUAUUGAUGGAUUUAGCGCGACGAAUUUUCAUGACUGUUGUGAUUUCAAGGGACCCUGUGUUAUAAUUGGAUACACAGACAAGUCCUUCAAGUUUGGUGCAUUUAACCCUGAAGGCUAUAGGAGUACAGAUGAUUACUAUGAUACAUUUGAUGCAUUCCUCUUCUACUGGACUGACAAUGAGGAAACUGAUCCUAUUAUACUGCCGAAAAUAGGGGGCAGUGGUGCAGCACUUUUUGAUUAUGCUCGAGGAGGUCCCCAGUUCGGGGCUGAUGGAUUGCUCAUUGGACCUCCCCUGGCACCAGUUAUGGGCGGAUUUGCAGGGCCUGACACUAAUUCCGGCAUUGGAGACUUGAGGCAAGCCAAGUCUAGAUUGGGAUUAUCAUAUGCUAAGAGGAAGGAUGGUAAGGAAUCCCUAUUUGGGGACCAGUCCAAGACUUGCCUCGAGGAAGUGCAAGUUUUUUGCAGUCCUCAAAUUGCUAGCUUAUACUAAUCUUAGUAAGGACUUGUAAAUUCUAGUUCCUUUUAGUAUAUAUCUCUUGCAUUGAUGAAAAAUCCUUCUAGUAUUUUUAUUUAAAGAUGAUUAUUUCAGCUCUAGAAGUAGUUAAAGACAUGUAAUUUUAAUUAUUUUAGGUAAGAGUGUUAGAGACCUUCUCUAAAUACAAGUUUCAUGUAACUAUUUCAAAUUGUGGAAACCUCCCAUAGGGGGAAAAGGAUACCAAAAUUGUUACUUUCUUAAAGUUCAUGACCACUUAACUCAGUGGUGGAGUUCUUUUUGGGACUUCAUUUUCAUUUCUUAGGAGUGGGAGCUUAUUGUUAAAAGUGAUUUUUUAUGAACCACAAGUGUUGAUUUGGUGAUGAAACUAGGAAAAAAGGCCACACGCUUACCCAAGGGCCAAGCAACAACUGAAGCAAUAGGGGGUGAGAGAAUCUAAUUUUAGAGAAUAUUUACUCUCUGUUGCAUUAUAAGAGUUUAGGGAUAUUAGUCCUUUUAAGAAAUCAUUCUCAAAGUUGUGUUAUUGUUGUUUCUAUACCGAUAUUCUUAACAAAGUGAAGAGAGG